GUCGGCAAGCGUCAAUCCAUGCGCAACAACAAACAAACAACAAGAAGCAGCAGCGAUCCAGCAGUGAUCCAGUGUGGCAGGCGAGCGAGUGGGAGUUGAGUGCAGUCCACUGUAAAGUUGAGCGUGAGCCAUGAAGGUGAUUGUGACUGGCGGGUCGAGUGGCGUUGGUGCAGCGCUCACGCGCAUACUCGUGAGCAAAGGGCACCACGUAUUUAUCACAGGGCGCGAUGCGGCAGCCAUGGAAAAGCUGGCGGCAGAGUGCAAUGCCAACAAGGGCGGAGAGGCCGGGAAGCUGCACUACGCACAAGGCGACGUGUCUGACGCUACUGUUGUGAGUGACCACUUCUCACAGGCGCUCUCCCACUUUGGUGGCAGCUGUGAUGCCCUCGUUGCCAACGCUGGCUGCAGUGUCAAACGCGGCAAGCUGGAGGACUGCAGCGAAGACGGCUAUGACCGCGUCAUGAACACAAACGUGAAAGGUGUGUUCUUGUGGUUGCAACGGGUGGUGCCGCAUUUUCGUGAGCGCAACGCGGGUCAGGUUGUGGUCACCAGUUCCGUGUGCGGCGUACGCUUCACUCCAACACACGCCGUCUACACCGCUUCCAAGUUUGCUGUCGAGGUGUGUAAAGUCACUUUCGGAGAGUAA